GCUACAUGGUGGAUAUUUAUUACAAUUUUAACUUCAUUUUACACAGCCAAUUUAACAGCAUUUCUUACAUUAUCUAAGUUCACGCUUCCUUUCAACACCGUAAACGAUAUUCUCUAUAAGAAUAAACAUUUCGUAUCAAUAAGGGGCAGAGGAAUUGAAUAUGCUAUUAGAAGUGAAAACGAAGAUCUCUCGUUGCUGAACAACAUGAUAAAAAGCAACCAUGCUGUGUUUUCUGAAGAGCAGAACGAUACGUCAAAUUUACGCACAUUUGUUGAAGGAGAUGGAUAUGUUUUCGUUAGAGAUCGGCCAGCAAUCAACCACGCAUUAUACAUUGAUUACCGCUAUAGAAAAACCAUCAGUGUGGAUAAUGAAAAAAUACAUUGCCCAUUUGCGAUGGCGAAAAAACCAUUUUUAAAAAAGAAACGAUCUUUUGCAUACCCAAUUGGAAGCAAUCUUAGCGAACUUUUUGAUCCAGAAUUAUUGAAUCUUGUUGAAUCUGGAAUCAUUAAACAUCUUUCAGUUAGAGGCUUACCCAAUGCAGAAAUAUGCCCUCAAGAUUUAGGUGGCACUGAACGUCAGUUACGAAAUGGAGACCUUAUGAUGACUUAUUAUAUAAUGGCAGCUGGAUUUAUAACUUCAUUAGUUGUAUUUACCACAGAAUUCAUAUUUCGGUACAUUAAUAGCCAGCAUACUACUAAUGCAUUAACUAAUGGCAGUAUGUUACGUAAAAAAAAUGGUCUUCUCGUAUUUGAUUCAUCACAAUCUUUCGACCACAAUAAUCAGCACUCUAAUAUCACACCUCCACCACCUUAUCAAAGCAUUUUUAGCAACAAUUUUAAAAUGCAUAAUGACCACAUCCCACAUAAAAAACUUUUUGUAAACCCAAACAGGACUGUGCAUGGAGUUAAAAUGAUCCGUUCCGAAAGUCGAAAAUAUAACCCGGUAUCAACAGAAACAGUAGAUGAAUUAAGUGUUGUUCAGUGGUUUUCAAAAGGACGAAAUUAUUUGAUCCAACAGAGUACAAAUGGUCACAAUCACUUAGUACCCGUUCAAACACCGUCACUAGCAACUUUUCAGUAUACUUACACAGAAUAAUUUUUAAAUUGGGUGUUUUUUCGUAAAGACAAUUUUUAAACAACAUGUAUGCAAGGGUAAUUGUAAUAAAAUCAUCAUUGAUGUAAAACUAAUAGA